GAGCACUUUGCUUAUGAGUUUCGGAUGUUUGAAAUUAAUUUGAGUGGAAUCGAAUAGGUUUAUUGUGCUGGUUGUUUGUAAUUAUUUUGAUUCUAAUCGAAUAAGUCUAUUUUCUUUAUGAAAUUUGGUUGGUGGAGUGGAUUCGAAUGAGUUUUGGUUGUUUAUUUGGAAUUGACAGUCAGUAGCGGCUAGCGGAGCGGCGUAUGUGCAAGGUGAAAGGGAAAGGGAAAGGGAAAGGGUAAUAGCGUACUGGUUCGAGAAGCUGCCCACGACACCCAUUCCACAGACUCUGUGGGAACUUAUUUCAGGCGAAGGCGAUGAUGAGAAUGUCCCAAAGGAAGGAGCGCAAAUCAAAGGCAGAAAAUUUGGGGUGCCGUCUUUGAUACGCUUGGCCCAGGAAUUGGAAAGCACUCCCAAAACUGAGAACCCUCCAGAUGAAAACAUUUUACUUUACAGUUAUUACACUGCAUCCCCGAAAAUGCCAACAGUACUCCCAUCGCACAGCGCGUUUGUGCUGGAGAAGGAUUUGGUGAGCGGAAACAAAAAGUAUCUUAAGCCUUUCCAGCACUCAGAAGACGCAUUUUCUUCCACGCUCCGUGGCAGAUGAAAUCCCUUUUUCCUCAAACAAGAUUUCUGUGGCGUUGAAGGAGCUCAAUAUAGCGCCAGAUUCCGUCACGGGUCUGGCUAUGAAGGAGACUUUACAAACUUGCGAAGCUCCUGGUAUGAAGGGCGAAAUCAAAUACUGCACAACAUCGCUGGAGUCCAUGAUUGACUACAUCACUUCGAAGCUGGGAAGCAAUGGCGUAACCUUGCUGGCGACGAAUGUUCCAAAGACUUCAAAAUCUGUGAAGCACCAAUAUUCCAUCACGGGAGUGAAAUACGAGAGCCAAGGGGAGAAGCCCAUGUACAUCUGCCACACUAUAAAAUAUCCGUACGCGGUGUAUUACUGCCACAAAUUGCAAGGCACCAAGGUCGCAAGAGUUUGGAUGAAGGGCGAUGAUGGCAGCACAAUGGAGGCGGCAACCAUCUGUCACAUGGACACCAGUGACUGGAAUCCCGAACACAGGGCGUUCCAGGUGUUGAACGUCAAGCCUGGUGCUGCAUCUGUCUGCCAUUUUAUUCCCGAAAACAACUUUGUGUGGCUGGGAGGCAACUAAGAUCCACGCCAGGCUGCUUCCUUGCUCUCUCUCUCUCUACAUAAAUAAAUAAUCUGCAACAUAGUAGGGAGUUGCAGGAAUGCUUAUCUAGUUUGCUGGUGUGACGAGCUUGUCUAGUUUGUUGCUGUGAGGAGCAGUAGCUCUCAUUCUGUCAUUUCUAAGUUAUUACUCGUGCCUGUAGCACUGUAACCAUAAAUAUAUGU